UUUGUGAGGAGUGCGAAAUUUCAGUACGGUGACGUGAGCGUUUCAAAAAGCAUCGCAAAAUCAGCUAAUUUAUUAGAUAAACUAGCAAACCUUCAUUUUAGCGUACACACUACUAAUAAUAAUCUGGAUAACGUGUAUAGGAAGAUACGGGAUAAUGUCUCACUGGAUCUGCUGUAACUCGUGCUUCAUGUCACCUGGUCCUGAGCGUCAGCUGGCUGUCACAAACUGCUGCCACAUCAUCUGUAAUGUUUGCUUUCAGAGAGGAAAUCAAGGCGUGUGUCUCAUUUGCAAAGCAAAGUGUCAAAUCUCUCCACUGUCUGAUAAGAGCAGCUCAGAGGUUCAAGAACUUUUCACAGAUAUCAGUGCAGUUGCUGUCAAGUACUUCUCAGAGAUAAGCAAGGUCUUACAAUUCCAGGCCAGACACCAGAAACGAUUACUGGUCCACUAUCAGCAGAAGAUUGAGAGAAUGAAGGAGAAUGGACUGAAAAUGCAACAAGAGAUGCAGAAGAUGUCCAAGAAAAUUUCAGAACAAAAUGCCUACAUAUCAAAGUUAGAGAUGACUGUUCAAAAUCAAAGUUCAAGACUGGCAUUACAGUCCAACCGAGAUUUACAGCCAGCAAGUCAAAGACAAGCUUCUUCAGUGACAAAAGUUCCCUAUUCUUCUCCACUCUCAAUGUCACGAUCCUUAUCCUCUGCUAGCCUCAUGGACGCCUGGAGUAACACGAGAAGUAUCUCUUGCAGUAGGGACUGCUCCAGUGGUCUACGGGAGCCUGCGAUGAGUCCAUCCCAUAAUGUGGCCUACCAUAGAAAGUCAGUAUGGGAAACACCUGUGUUCAAACUGCCCUCGGCCUACAAGUAUGGUUCUGUGUCCUCCCUGGUUUCCCCUCCAUGACAUGCACUCCAGUCCCAAAGCAAUACGGCUAAUCACAUCUUAAAAUAUUACUAUAUAUCACAAAGCUCUGCUAUUUUUACAAGAUACUUUUAGGAAAAAAAUGUAAUCAACAUCCAGGCCGAGCAAUGAACAUCUCUUAUGAUGCUGCAGUGCAUUUACGCUGUCUCUCAAUGAACAAUGAACAUCUGUGCUCUUGUUUCCAUAAAUGUUCCUAUGUAUCGUAGCAAUUAAUCACAGACCGUCGUUGAGCGGUUUGUGAGUGUGAAUUUUAAUAUGCCAUUUUUUACAUGACUCGCAUUGUGUCAGCAGCAUGUGCUGUUAAUCACAUCCAAUAUGUUCUCUGCCGCAUGUUUCUCUUCUAACACACUGAUGCCAUUGUUCAAACCUUGUUCACAUUGAUUAAAAUUAUGAUAAUGUGGCAUGA